UACCCAUUACGUCUACAAACGGGUCGGGUCAUAUUGCGUCCUGGGGUUUUGUGAUUUAGGAGGAAGGGUUUUUGUCAGUCUCAGCCGAGCCGCUCCCACCAGCUGCUGAAAGAAGAAACGAACAAGGGAGUGAACACCGGCUAUGGCAACGCUCAUUUCCCCGCCGCCAGCCACCGCAACGACCGCUCCAGCUUCGAACUCGGCCGAUGCUGCCCUGCCUCAGCAGGAGAAGGUGGAUUAUCUAAGUCUGCCUUGUCCCAUUCCGUAUGAAGAAAUUCAUCGGGAAGCUCUCAUGUCCUUGAAGCCUGAGCUCUUUGAAGGAAUGCGGUUUGAUUUUACCAAAGGACUCAAUCAGAAAUUUUCACUCAGCCAUAGUGUGAUGAUGGGACCUACAGAGAUUCCUUCCCAGUCUGCUGAAGCUAUUAAGAUUCCAACAGCACACUAUGAGUUUGGUGCUAAUUUUAUAGACCCUAAGUUGAUGCUAUUUGGUAGAGUGAUGACAGAUGGGAGAUUAAAUGCAAGACUGAAGUGUGAUUUGACUGAGGAUCUUACUCUCAAGGGCAAUGCUCAACUAACAAAUGAGCCACAUAUGUCGCAUGGCAUGUUCAAUUUUGAUUACAAGGGAUCAGACUACAGGACUCAGUUUCAAGUGGGGAAUGGUGCCUUAUUUGGAGCAAGUUACAUACAGAGUGUGACACCUCAUUUAUCCUUGGGUGGUGAAGUAUUCUGGGCUGGUCAACAUCGAAAAUCUGGCAUCGGAUAUGCUCUGCGUUACAACACUGCUAAGAUGGUUGCAACUGGUCAAGUUGCUAGCACUGGUAUGGUUGCUCUGAGUUAUGUCCAGAAAGUGUCCGAAAAGGUUUCUCUGGCCUCGGACUUCAUGUAUAACUACAUGUCUAGAGAUGUCACAGCCAGCUUCGGUUAUGAUUAUAUCCUUAGGCAGUGCCGUUUGAGAGGAAAGAUUGAUUCCAAUGGUGUUGUGGCUGCAUUCCUCGAAGAGCGAUUUAACAUGGGCCUUAACUUUCUUCUUUCUGCUGAGAUCGAUCACAGGAAGAAAGACUACAAGUUCGGGUUUGGACUGACUGUCGGAGAAUAGAAUAGACACUGCAUACAAUUGGUUCCAAUUUGCACUGCCCCAUCGAUCGAUGAACGGGCUAUGGUGAGUGAGGGAUUCCUUUGUACCCUCGGACAACAAAAUAAUGGAAGAUUCUUUUUUGUUUAUUUUUUAUGAUUUUGUACUGUAGACUGCUAUAGGUGAGUUGCAUUGGUUUAAUGACAAAACAAGCCUUUUUUGUAUU